AAGAGGAACGGUGACACCCAGUGAAUUUGGACAGUUCAUUGACUCAACCAUAGAAAAAAUAAACAUGCGACUUGACCCAUCAAGGUCGUUCUACUACCGCACAACUCGUAAACCGGUAUAUACACUGGUCGACAAAGCAGAGAUGGAAGAACCGAACGACAGACUGGAAUCAGAACCAGAAGACUGUAAUAGUGAUUUACUUGUAAGUGACCAUCAGUUUGACAGACCGGAGCGCAUAAGUAUCCAAGGAAAAAAGAAAUAUGCAACCCUGAGUACAGGCAGAAACGCUGUUAAACGUGGGUCACUCGGCGUUCGGUGGGAAGGAGCUAGACGAAACGAAAGUAAAUUGUUACCUACAGUUCGAAUGGGAAUUGACCUCGUAUAAGGACUGAUCUGUACUAUUCUGAUCCGUAUUGACUUUGCAGAUAUAAAUAACAGUGUUAAUUCACAUUGAGACAUAUGUAGCCUAAUCAUUUCUAUUUAAACUUGUGUUUAUCUGUAAAAUACGUUUAACUAUUAAAAACAUUGCGACAUUGUACUACGCACCCAUGGACAAACUUACAGCAAGUUGCAUAAAUUUGUAUUAUUUUCGAAAUAAUAAAUGAGUGCCUGUGUUUUAUCA